CCGCUCGCAAGGCCGACUUUCUCUUGACCAACUUUCGCAUUUCCUCUCUUUCUCCGCACUAUGGCAGACCACGCGCAGUUGCCAACGGCAGAUUCCAACGUGGAGAUGAAUGACCUGCUAGACGCAUCGGUCGAGGCCGAUAUCAACCCAGACGCAACGCAACCAGACGCCAUGAACCUUGACGGCGGAAAUGAUGUCCAUCCGCCCGUAAGGAAUGGUGUACCAGAAGUUACCGCUCAAUUGGAGGCCCGAAUACCCGCCAAGAAGGAUGCGACUUUGCGCGAGUUCUUGGGGAAGAUGGACGACUACGCUCCCAUUAUACCUGAUGCAGUCACAAACUACUACCUGACCCUCGCUGGGCUCCCGCCGCCACCUCAAACAUCCCCGCACCUCGCCCGCCUCCUAGCGCUCGCAACGCAGAAGUUCAUAGCCGAUAUCGCCGCAGACGCAUAUCAGUACUCCCGCAUUCGGUCAUCAAAUACUACGAGUAAUAAUCCGAUGGGAGGGUUGGCUGGCGCGGCAGGAGGGCCACAGGGCGCAGGAGUUUCUGGUGGUACCCAGGGCGGCAAAGACAGUGCGGCUCAAGCUAAAGGACUGAACCUCGGCGUACAGAGGCCGGGCUAUGGCGGUGGUGGGCAAGGUGGCAGCCAAGGGCGCACCGUCCUAACAAUGGAGGACCUAGGCAUGGCUGUUGGCGAAUACGGUGUGAAUAUCAAGAGAGGAGAGUUCUAUCGGUAAUGCGAGACAAAAAUAUCUACCGCGCAGUCAUCCAAUUCCAUUCCACGACAUCACUGUAGGAGCAACACUCAGAACCGAUAACUCCUGCUAUAUGAGCUGGGUUGGUUGCGGACUGCUGGCAUUCAGUGUUUUCUCAUUCUAAACAUGGUUGGCGUUGGGAGUUUUCAUUUUCACUGGCAUUCACAAGGUUAUUUGGGAUACUCUACCCGCGAUGAAAGGGUAUAUCGUAUUUGUGUAGUAGUAGUACAG